AGGCCGGGUCAAGAAGGAGGCUUUGCCAUUCUACAGCUUCGUGAGUGGCUCCCUCUCUCUGCAGCCUAUACUCACAGCUUUUGGCAUCUUCCCCUUAUAUAGCUUCCCUAUCCGAUUCCUACAAGAUGAAAAUACGCCAAACAGCAAUGUUGUUUUGGGGUUUUUGGUACCCAACAAUCCUCUGGUGUUAGGGAUUUCCAUCUUUCUAUCUCUCCUUGCUUAAUUUUUUUUUCCAUUGGGCAUCUCGUCUGUAUCAUCGUGGGGUAGCUUAAGGGAAAUUGCAAUCAGUGAAGAGGCUUGGCGUCAUUGGGGUUGAAAUUUUCCAUCAAUAAUAUAUUGAUGGUUAACUAUAUCUAUGUAAUCUCUUACGACUGGGUGAAAACUUGACAUGUCCUUCAUAAGUGCAGUUCUUGCGUUGAGAUACCUGCAAUUACAUGCUGAAACUUUCUAUUCUAUAGCUCCAGAAACCGGGCUUAAUACCACCAUUGUGGCAUGCUUCGUCUGAUGGAAUUAAAAAUGGCAUAAUUUGAGAUCUCCUUUGUACUGUUCCUCAAGAUAUUGACGAUUUAUGGCUCGGAAAGGUAAUCAACAGAAAAACGGAAUGGAUCAUCAUGGUUUGAACCACAAAAAACCGGUUUCUGGGUCUGUGCUUUCAGAUGUGAAAGGACAUGCUAAAGGUGGCAAGGUGAAGGUCUUCCCUGGCGAAGAGGUCCCAGAUAGAAACCAGAGCAGCAGUCCUUCACAGAAUGCCCAAGAAACUACUGCUGGAGAUGGUAAAUACAAUGUGCGAAACUGUGAGAAAUUUUCCAGGAAAGAGAAGCGGGGAACAGUUAAUGAGCAUGACCUGGGGGAACCAUUGUCUUUCAGGAGUAAUUCAGGAGAAGGCAGUCAGAAUAUGGAAAUUCCUAUACAAAAAGAAAAUGGGGCAUUACCUAGAAGUAAUCAAGGUCAACUAAAUAUGAAAAGUUGGUUGAGCUAUUUCCUGAAUUGGUUUCACAUCCAAAGUAUUGUAGAAAAAGUAGAUGUUGCCAAUAAUACGUAUUUUUGGAGAUUAAGGUUGUGGUUAUCAUCCAUCUUUGCAGCAGUUACAAUGUGGCUAACCAGACGGAAGCCAUUGUUUGUAUCUGUAACGUCCAGUAUUUUCAAAGCGUGUGAUCAUCUUAAAAUGAAAAUCCAGCAGGCAUAUCCCGUUGCUUUGAAAUGGGUUUUACAGUUUGGGAAUAUACUGCUUCUUUUAUCAGUGUUUUGGUUGGACUGUGCACUUAGGGGUAUUGAUUCCUUUGUACGAAUGGGGACUGUUUCCUUCUUCUCUGUUAUAUGGUGCAGCAUAUUCUCGGUGAUUGGUAUGAUAGGGAUGCUCAAGUUUCUUGUUAUUCUGGGCCUGGCUGCCUUGAUUGGAUUCUUCCUUGGGCUUACUCUUGCAACUUUGGUAGUUGCAAUCCUUGGACUUGUUUUCUUGUGGAUUUAUGGCAGCUUCUGGAUAACUGCAACUUUCAUCUUCCUUGGAGGACUGGCAUACAAGUUGAGCCAUGAACGUCUUGCACUACUUAUCACCACUGUGUAUUCUGUCUAUUGUGCUUGGAUGUAUGUUGGGUGGCUUGGCUUGCUAUUGGCUCUAAAUCUGUCAUUUAUUUCAAGCGAUGUUCUAAUAUACUUCCUCAAGAAAAGGAUAAAUGAGCAAAGUCAAUUCAAUGCUUCUGAACAUAGAGCUGGAAUGCAAGGUCAGCCAGAUUUCUCUAGUGAUGAGCCAAUGCACGCUUACUCUGAAAAUGGGGCUGGAUCGUCUGCGGAUCGAAAUGCUGGAGUACCUUCAACUAGUGGGGUUGACUCUGAUUUACCUUCUGAAGAUGAAGUCGUCCGUUUGUUGAACUGCUCUGAUCAUUACUCAGUAUUGGGCCUGACCCGCUAUCAGAACAUUGAUGCCUCACUAGUGAAACGGGAAUAUAGGAAAAAGGCAAUGUUGGUGCAUCCUGAUAAAAAUAUGGGUGAUGAAAAGGCAGCAGAAGCUUUUAAGAAACUUCAAAAUGCUUAUGAGGUUCUUAUGGACUCCUUGAAACGGAAAGCUUAUGAUGAUGAAUUGAGGAGGGAGGAGCUUCUGAGUAUCUUUCGCAGGUUUCAGACUGCUUCUCAAUCUCAAAAGAAUGGUAGGCAUGGAUUCUUCCCUUCAGGAUUUGCACGAUCAGAUGCAGAUGGUGAUGACCCUUUUGGUGAUUCAAGGCGAAUAUCAUGCAAAAAAUGCGGCUGCUUUCAUAUAUGGAUACACACAAAAAAACAGAAGUCUCGGGCAAGAUGGUGCCAGGAUUGCCAAGAUUUUCAUCAAGCCAAAGACGGUGAUGGAUGGGUUGAACAGUUGUCCCAGCCAUUUCUUUUUGGAUUGCUGCAGAAGGUGGAUGUGCCUGCUGCUUAUGUGUGUGCUGAAAGCCAGAUAUAUGAUGCCACGGAAUGGUAUACCUGUCAGGGUAUGAGAUGUGCGGCAAAUACUCAUAAGCCAAGUUUUCAUGUAAACACUAGUUUAACAUCAAAGCAUGGUUCAAGUAAAGGAUCACAUUCGGGUCAAAGAGGUGGUCGGAUGCCAACAAUGAAUGUGGAGGAAACCAUGACAGAAGAGGAGUUUUUUGAGUGGUUACAGAAUGCAGCACAGGCAGGCAUGUUCGACAAUUUUGGUGGCAGCACUGCUGCCGAGAGUCCGUCUAACUCCGGGAGCGGGAUGAAAAAUCCUGGCAGUAGCGGCAGCAGUGGAAGCGGAAGCAAGAGAAAGAAAAAGGGAAAGAAACAACGAUGAGAGCAAAGUCAUCUUCUAUAUCAUUGAGGGCAGGACUUGUGGGUACUUUUUAGUCUCGAAGAUGGUGGGAAACUCGGAACCCAUUGUAUAGUGUUAUUAUCCCCAGUUAUAUCUGCUGUCCCUUGAUUUUCGGGUAUUUUGUCCACUGCAAUAUGAUAGCCUUAAGAAUAGAUGGCAUGGCAAUGAUCCUUUUGCCCUUGAUUUUUCCCAGCCAAGUUGCUAUACGCUUAAAACCUUCAGAGUUGAACCUCUGAAGAGAGGGUGAUAAUAGUAAACCCCAAACAUCAUACUUAGUCUCUUUUCUGCUCAUGUUCAGAGAAAAUGUUGGUGUUAUCACCAAUCGAUGCAGUUAGAUCAGCGAAACAGCUUUAUAUUAUUGUCAGAGGACAUUUGGAAUAGAAUAAGAGCAAUAGCACACGAGAUAUUCACAAA